UUGUUUUGGUAUAAAUUCCCCCAACCCCUUAUGCCUAUUUCUUCGCCCACCAUUUCUAACCUCUCUUCUUCCUUUCCUUCUUUUGCUGCAGUUCUUGCAGUUCUUGAGAUGGAGAUUUGUGGCAAUUUGAUUGGACAGUCCAAUGCUGGAAGAGACCAAGCUGCCAACCCCACUACCGUUUGGGAGCACCUCAAUUCCUCUCGCUUCCACUUGGAUUGGGUCACUGCCAACUCCACCCACGGCGACGCUCACCAACACCACCAGUGUCUCUUCGCUGGAGAUCACCAUCAGGGCGGCCAUUUCCACCGGGACCCACAUCUCAUGUGCUUGAAGCUCGGCAAGAGGCACUACUUUGAGGACGCCACUGCGGCGUCCGUCGUGGGGAAGAGAGGGAAGCCGUUGUACAGUACAGUUCCGACUAGUGUUCCUCGGUGUCAAGUGGAAGGGUGUCAUGUGGCGCUGGUGAAUGCUAAGGACUACCACCGUAGGCAUAGGGUCUGCGAGAUGCACUCCAAGGCUCCCAAAGUUGUGGUUGUUGGCUUAGAACAGAGGUUCUGCCAGCAGUGUAGCAGGUUUCAUGUGAUUUCUGAGUUUGAUGAUUCAAAGAGGAGCUGUAGGAGGAGAUUAGCAGGGCACAAUGAGAGACGAAGAAAGAGUUCUCAGGAAUCUGUAGCAGCAAGGAACUGGUUCGGAGAAAACAAGUCGAGGACAGGUAAGAUUGCAUACAUACCAUCGCCGACGGGACGUGCUCUCUCUCUUCUGUCAUCGAAGAACGAAUCGUGGGCGACCUCAUCGGAGCUAUCGCUGAGGUCGAGCGCAGCGCUCCGAGAACUGAUAGCGGAGAAUCGCGCGGCCAUUCUGGCUCGGCAGCUGAAUCUGGAGAGAGAUUGGCACUCAAACCACACAAGGACGGCGGAUGAUUUCGGAAGCGGAGGCGUUGGAUUGGAACAGAGUUGGGAGAAGAUGCAUGACGGAAAUGGCGGUGCGCAGGUUACGCUGGACCUGAUGAUGCAGGCGCCGAGGACGGCGUUUGGGGUGCUGUCUGUGAGUGGGAAAUCGAAGGAAGAAGAUGAAGAAUGUGGCGAGUUAUGGAAUUCCUUUCACUAUCACGACUCCAAUGUUGUUUAAAACUAUAAACUUUUGAAUCCUUUUAUUAUAAAAUAAAAAUUAUAUUAAUUGAUUAACUAA